GAACCACAUUGUCUAGACAUCCGUCCGCGGUACACCACCACCACCAACCUGAACAAUAACCGUAUAAAAUGGACUUCGUGCCAUUUACGUUAUUAUUCAUGGUUUCUCUGCUGAGCUUCCAAUUAAGUGUUGGAAAACCAGCGAUUACGAGAGAAAGCAAUAUAUGGCCUGAAAACUGCACAGGGAAAGCCAUUUGCGAAGUGAGACCCGACGACUACCCCCCGCUAGAUAAAUUGAUACAGCUGUUUAACAUUUAUAAAGAUAAGGCUCCGAAAUUGAAUCAAACCAGUGAUCGUAGUGGAAGUGAUUGUUCCCCUUUCUUUGAUUAUACGGUGGAAGAGUACUACAUGAUCAUUGACGAGAAUAAAGAAAUAAGAUACGCUCUCUAUAUUCCUGGACACUAUUCUUUUCCACUGAAUAUCGUACGAUGCAAUCCAAAUACGCCAGAAAAAUACGAGCUAAAAUUGACGAACAGAAGAUGUGAAACAGGUUACACGGAUCGUAGUUUCUUCGUGCUGACCCACGAUCUGGAGGGACUGGAAACAGUAAAGUCAGCCACAGAAAUACCUUCAAGUUGUACCGCUGUUCCAUAUGAAGACUAUUAAAAACAAUGAUU